AACUAAGUAAAUCAAAUCAAGUUGUAAUUUCUCUUUUACAUGUUUUUACUUUUAAGUGUAUAUGUAUAUAUACAAUUAUUUGUGCCAAAUACUGAAGACAAGCUACGCAAAUGAACAAACAGUAAAGGCCACAUGCAAAGAUUCAGCACAGCUUGUUGAAUCUGCAACUUUUUUGGUGAGUUUCAAAUGCAAAAAGUAGCUUUUCUAUGGACCAGUUUCUGAGGUGUAUGUUGUGAAUAGCAAAUGAAGUGAGAAUUAUUAGUGUUGUAGAGGAAAAGAGUUGGGAGAAAAAUGGCAAUGGGCGCACCUGUGAAAGUGGUUCUUGGGUCAAUUGCCUUUGCAAUCUUUUGGGUGUUGGCUGUGUUUCCUGCUGUUCCGUUUAUGCCUGUUGGGAGGACUGCAGGGUCUCUUCUUGGGGCUAUGCUUAUGGUUCUUUUUCGGGUUGUGACGCCCGAGCAAGCCUAUGCUGCAAUUGAUCUUCCCAUUCUGGGGCUUCUGUUUGGGACAAUGGUUGUGAGUGUGUAUCUUGAAAGAGCAGACAUGUUUAAGUACCUGGGGAAAUUGCUGGCCUGGAAGAGCAAGGGAGCCAAGGAUUUGCUGUUCAGAAUCUGCUUGGUUUCUGCCAUUUCCAGUGCGCUAUUCACCAACGACACGUCUUGUGUGGUGCUGACAGAGUUUGUGCUGAAAAUCGCAAGGCAACAGAAUCUGCCGCCUCAUCCAUUCCUGCUAGCUCUUGCCUCGAGUGCAAACAUCGGGUCAUCUGCAACUCCAAUUGGGAAUCCCCAGAAUCUGGUGAUAGCUAUGCAGAGCAAGAUAUCUUUCGGGCGGUUUCUGCUUGGGAUUUUCCCUGCAAUGCUUGUGGGGGUUCUGAUCAAUGCUCUCCUCCUGCUGGGUAUGUACUGGAAGCUGCUGUCAGCUCAGAAAGACGAAGAAGAUGCAGCUGCAGAAGUGGUGACAGAAGACGAUGUAACCUCGCAUAAUUUCUCACCUGCAACAAUGUCACAUCUCAAUUCCAUGAACUCCCAAGAGCUGAUCUCUGCAUUAGAAUCAGCCUCUCCAAAUGUCAAUGGCCACGCGAACUAUUCUGAGACUCUCAGGAACCGCGGCAGUCUCAGUGAAAGCGAGAUUGAGAAGUAUAAUUCUUCCAGGGUCUCAAAUGUAUCAAGCGACAGAUCAGAACACAGACCGGUGGAGCAUGUUUCCUGGAAAAAAGCCUCAUUUGUUAAUGGAACUGAAACCGAACACUCCACUUUUGAUGAGGAGAAAGAGAGCAUAACAAAAACAUGGAAAAGGAAAGCAUGGAAGAUCUGCAUUUAUCUUGUUACUAUUGGAAUGCUGAUUUCUCUGCUAAUGGGUUUGAACAUGUCAUGGACUGCAAUCACAGCAGCACUUGUUCUUGUGGUUCUUGAUUUCAAGGAUGCAAGGCCAUGUUUGGAGAAGAUAUCAUACUCCCUGCUGAUAUUCUUUUGUGGCAUGUUUAUCACAAUUGAUGGGUUUAACAAAACAGGAAUUCCAAGUGCUGUGUGGGAUGUGAUGGAGCCAUAUGCCAAAAUAGAUCACCUUAGUGGAGUAGCAGUUCUUGCUGCUGUCAUACUGUUUCUCUCAAAUUUGGCUUCAAAUGUACCUACAGUGCUGCUGUUAGGAGGAAGGGUGGCGGCGUCGGCGGCUGCAAUAUCGCCGGAAAGUGAGAAGAAGGCGUGGCUGAUAUUGGCGUGGGUGAGCACGGUGGCCGGGAAUCUGUCGCUCUUAGGAUCGGCUGCAAACUUGAUAGUAUGCGAGCAGGCUCGUAGAGCUCAACACUUGGGCUACAAUUUAUCGUUCUGGAGCCAUCUCAAAUUUGGAGUUCCCUCUACUCUUAUAGUAACGGCUAUUGGCUUGGCUCUCAUACGAGGGUGACCAAUCCUUGUAAGAUCGACUAAUGAUGUAAAAUUUAUUUUUAGAUACUAUUUAAAAAUAAACAUUUUGCUCUCAAAAAAAUAAAUAAUAAACAUUUAUUAGUGAUCUACAAUAUUUUUCAAUUUUUUGUAAGCACAUUCAAAACUUUUAAUAGAACUAUCCCAUCAUCUCA